AUGAAUUUAUAUACCUUGGUUCUGCUAAUACACACACUUUCGCUAACAGCAGCUUUUUCACCUUCCGGUGGUUAUGGACCUGGUAAUGUUACAUGUCCAAAGAAGAGUACUGCUGGUGAUUCAGGACUGGUAAGACAUUCAAGGGGUUUAUGUGAAGAUGAAUCCAAUUGGUUGAAGAAAAGACAUGAACAUACUGAUGAAGCUUUGAAAGAAUUCUUAGAAACUGCCGAUCUAGAAGAUUUUGAUGUUGAAGAAUUUUUCGAUAAAAAUAAUCAAUCAAUUAACAUUGGUUUAGCAUUUUCAGGUGGUGGUUACAGAGCUAUGCUUUGUGGUGCUGGUCAAAUCAGUGCUUUAGAUGAUAGAACAGAUGGUGCCAAUGAAACUGGUCUUGGUGGGUUAUUACAAUCCGCUACUUACUUAACGGGUUUGUCGGGUGGUAACUGGAUGACUGGUACUUUGGCUUUAAACAAUUGGACUAGUGUUCAAGAAAUCAUCGAAGGUGAUUCCAUUUGGAAUCUAGAGCAUUCAAUCUUCACUUCAGGUGGUAUUAACAUCUUUAAAACUGUUGGUCAAUGGGAUGACAUUAGUGAUUCUAUUCAAGAAAAAAAAGACGCUGGUUUCAAUACUUCCAUCACUGAUAUUUGGGGUAGAGCUUUAUCAUAUCAAUUCUUUGGUAAACAUGAUAAUGGUGGAGAUGGUCUUACUUUCUCAACUUUAAGAGAUGUUGAGGUGUUCCAAAACGGUGAAAUGCCAUUACCAAUCAGUGUUGCAACUGGUAGAACACCAACUUCCAAGAUUAUCAACUUAAACUCCACUGUUUUCGAAUUUACACCAUUUGAACUAGGUUCAUGGGAUCCUUCAUUAUAUGCAUUUACUGAUUUGAAAUAUGUUGGUUCUAAUGUUGACAAUGGUGAUCCAGAAUCUGAUACUUGUAUUGCAGGUUUCGAUAAUGCGGGUUUUGUUAUGGGUACUUCAUCUUCAUUAUUCAACCAAUUUCUCUUGAAAUUGAAUACAACUGGUAUUACUGGUGUGGUUCAUGAUUUAAUUGAGGAUUUCUUGCAUAAUCUUAGUGAAGAUUUCGAUGAUAUUGCCAUUUACGGUCCAAAUCCAUUUUAUAAUACACCAUAUGCAACUGUCAAAACAAUUGUUGAUGAUGAAAAUUUAUACUUGUGUGAUGGUGGUGAAGAUAAUCAAAAUGUUCCUCUUGCUCCAUUACUUCAACCAGAACGUGAUGUUGAUGUUAUUUUUGCAUUUGAUAACUCAGCAGAUACUGAUGAUAGUUUCCCAGAUGGUGCGUCUUUGGUUGCAACUUAUGAACGUCAAUUUGCUUCCCAAGGUAACGGUACAGCAUUCCCAUAUGUUCCAGGUCAAAGCACUUUCCUUGCUCAUAAUUUGACUACUAAACCAACAUUUUUCGGAUGUGACGCUUCAAACUUGACAGACUUAGCAUAUAUCCCACCACUAGUUGUUUAUAUUGCAAAUGAACCUUUUACAUUCUGGUCAAAUACUUCAACUUUCAAAAUGGAAUAUGAAGAUGAUGAAAAAUUAGGUAUGAUUAAAAAUGGUUAUGAAGUUUCUUCAAGAUAUAAUAUGACCAUUGAUGAAGACUGGAAAAAAUGUGUUUCAUGUGCUAUCAUUCGUCGUUCUCAAGAACGUAGAAAUGAAACACAAUCUGAUGAAUGUGAAAAAUGUUUUGAAGACUACUGCUGGGAUGGUAAACUUGUUACAGAAGAUGUCGAUCUCAGAUCACAAAACUAUACAUCAUCAAAUGGUGCUGAAGAUGCAAGUAGUGAAGGUGAAGUAUCUACAAGUUCAAAUGCAAGAGAUGGUACAUCAGAAUCAUCUGGUUCAUCAUCUUCAGAUGACUCCAAAAAAUCAUCAGCUUCUCAAAUGAUUUCAUAUAAAUCAGUUUCUAAUUUGCUAUAUUCUGCUCUUUUCGUUUCAGCCAUUGCUUUAUUCGCUUAA